AUGGAAGAUGUGAAGGUAAUUGACACUCCUAUUGGUACUGCCACAAAACUUGAUCUUGAUGAACUUGGUUCAUCCGUUGAGCUAAAAUUGUAUAGAGGUAUGAUUGGUUCUCUUUUCUACCUCACUGCCAGUAGAUCUGACAUAGUAUUUUGUGAGGGACUUUGUGCAAGAUUUGAAUCCAAUCCUAAUGAGUCCCACCUAAAAGUUUUACAAAGAAUCUUGAGGUACCUAAAAGGAACAAGUGAUUUAGGAUUGUGUUACACAAAAGGUAGAAGUUUCAAUCUAGUUGGAUAUGCUGAUGCUCAUUAUGUAGGAUAUUUGGUGGAUAAAAAGAGCCACCAAGAAGCAAAACUUGUGGCCUUAUCUACUUCUGAGGCUGGGUAUGUGGCAGCUGCUUCUUGUUGUGCUCAGUUACUAUAG